GUGUUGUACCUUGAUGAAUAUUGACCUGUUUGACACCUCAGUGCUCCAGCGCGCCUGCCUUAGCAUCUCAACGUGCCUUUCACUCUCACCUGGAAUACACAGCUACCCAAUUUCCGCAGUUAACAUGUUCGCUCGUAGCCUAAAUGAUAACCCACUACGACUUCUCACCACUCCCUUGCAUGACUAGCAUUAUUCUGUUGGUUUGUGUUGGUUGAGCUCUAUCAUAUUCGCUUGUCUGGUGAAGAUUACAGCUAGCACCGCCUCCACUCCUUCCUUUUCUUGCCAGCUCGGACUCACACUCACCUACAACACUCCGAGUAGACAGAAUGAAGCUCUAUUGGAUUAUAUUAAUCGCAGGUCUCAUUGCCCUCGGCGCGACUGAGUAUCUACAGAAUUUCACUAAUGACAAGGCCGUCAUCAACGGUAACGCUAAGGCUCUUGGGUACCAGAAACUCUCCUCUAGAGGCGAUACAGACUCCGACCCCGACGACGAUUCUGACGAUUCUGACGACUCCGACUCCGAUGACGAAGACGAGGAUGAUGACAACGAUGAUGGCUACACAAACCCUGCUACCGAUAAAGUCUGGUUUGACUCACAAUGUCGAGGAGCAAAACUUAUGUUUGCGUCUACUCAAAAUCCGCCGGAAGCCAUUCGAUUCGUGAAUCCUUUGACAUCUCCUUGGGAUGGUGAUAUGAAGCACGAGCUUGCGACAUGGGGUUACAAAGAAGAUGUUUCUGACCCUGAUGGCGAAUGUGAAAUCGGUGCACUCCAGCCAAUGCUCGAUGAGCCGAAACUUUCUAAAGUGAACAAUCUUCACGGUGGACCAAAUCAUUGUUUAUCUGUAUUUCACGCCGAUAGCGAUAUCGUGGAAAAGGAUCCACAAGGGAGAAUGCCACCUCGCAAGAAGCAGUAUUAUACUGCCAACGGUCGGAGAUACAGGGUCACAACGGCCUAUGCCACCAUCAUCAUCAAUCCGCAAGCCGGUCUAAUCUAUUUCCUUCGGCGCGGUUCUGCCGUAAAAGAGGCCCGUGAUCUAUGGCGUAUACGCAAAGGAGACCCAGUUCCGUCCGAUGAGUUGCCAGCUUUACGUGCGAGUUCAGACCUAGCAUGGGGGUUCUGGAAUCGAGUAAGGCGCGAUAAGUUGGCAGAAAUUCAUGGCUUUGUGUCUAUGCUCAUAACCAACGGCGAGACGCGGAGAAUCAUCGAUAGGAUACUGAGGGAGCAAGAACUAGACAGGGUGCCCCUCUGGCCGGGAAUCGACGUCAAGAUAAACACCCCGCAGUAUAUGGCUCUUCUGGGCAGUCCAAACGGUAGAGCGGUAGGUUACUUUCUUGCUCAACAUAAAGCACAGAUAGGUGGCAAUCGUUGCGUCAAGACUAUUCGUAUUUUCCGUGGAGACGCGAUGACAGAAAUGCCUAAUUUACUCUUCGCCGUUGAGUGGGCGCCCUCUCCACCAGCAAAUGCACCGACGGAUCCAGUGGAGGAAUGGUUACCCUAUCCAGAUGAUGGUAUGGGAGCUCUCACGGAUAUUCAAGUAGGUAAUGUGGUCAAGAGGAGUGACGAUGGAAGAAACAUGGUGAGGAGUCACAAAGUUUGGGUGAAGCUGUAAUGUCUGGAGUUUCUCCCAUUUUAUCAAGCAAAAUUCCGGACAGCCAGCU